AAUACAAAAUAAUAUUAAAUUAAACAAAAAUAAUUGUAACAAAAAAUUUUUAAAAAUAGAAUAAAAAAUAUCCAAAACAUCUUUUUUGCUUAAAAGUGACAUUAUAAGCAAUAUAAAACUUAAAUAAACAACAGCAGUAUCUAAUGUACAGCGCAUACAUAUAAACAAGCAGCUUAGAAUUUGCAGUUACCACUCCCACGCCUCUACUAAGAACCUUAAACUAAGAUUUACAACAAAAAUUAAAUAAAUUAAAAUUUACAUAAAACCACUACAAAAACAACAACAAACACACACUCACUUAUAAGCAAUAAGCCAUAAGGCGCAACAACAAGAACAAAGAAAAACGCUGCAAUGACCGCUAAACCGCCAAAACGUGCCAAUAAAGGGGUCAAACGACGUAACGAGCGAAACAUCCUCACAUUCUAUGAAAAGAUCGCUGUCAUACACUAUUACGAUGAGACGAGUGUGUCGCGAAAUCGCCUGGCUAAACUAUUUCACUGUUGCGCCACACAAAUACGACGCAUACUCGAACACAAGAAUGAGCUGCUCCAACAGCUGGCCACACUCAGCGAAUCGGAUGCGACCAACUUCAUCGAAGAGAUGACACGCAAACGGCGCAAAUUCGAAAUGAGCGCCAUUAGUUUCAUACUCCAUCAAUGGGUAGAGCGUUGUCGUGAAUUACGUUUGCGCAAGAGCAUAACAAAUCAAACGCUCAAGGACACAGCGCUCAAAAUGGCCGCCAUACUGAAUUUGCCCAGCUUUCGGCCUUCCUACCGUUGGUUGGAUCGUUUCCGCAGCAAAUACAAGUACACAGCCGAGGAUCUAGGCACAUCGGGUGCGCAUGCCGUCGAUGGUGAAUUGGCGGUUGAGGAUAUUAUUAUUGAAUAUAAAGAUGCUCUGCCAAAUUUCAUGCAAACUGAAAUCACAGAAAUAACCUCACUGGACAAGGCAAUGCAUGCGGAGGUGGAAAAAACCAAGGCACUCCUACAAAAUGCGAGUAAUGAGAAUAGCGUCGAUUAUGUGGUUAGUGAUGAGGAGGAUGAGGUGGAAGAGGUGCAUGAUGAUGCUACACAGUUGGAUGAUGAAAUAGCUUUGGUGGUGAGUGAUUCCAAAGACUCUAGCGGUUGCUCAACCAACACCAAUGCCAGUACACCUACUACACCGUACCACAGCAAUCAGCCGGAGGAGCAAAAUGCAGAGCAAAUCAAAAUGAAUGCCGGCACCACAGCUGUAUUGGGCAGCAUAUUUCCGCAUCUGGCUGUCAUACAUCAGUUUGCGCUACUCAAUGCCGACGUCAAGGCGCUGGAGUUGAUCUCACAACUGGGUGUGCACAUGCAGAAGCAGGCGCUCGAUGGCGCAUACAAACAACUGACGCUGGCGUCAACAAAUGAGGAGUGUGCUGCAGACCACAUGCAGUCGGAUGUGGGCGGUUUGUAUGCCGCAGAUCUUGAUGAUAUUGUACUGAUUGAAUGAGUAGAUUUCUUAUCUAUAUAUAUCGGGAAUACAUAUAGAAGUAUAUGGUUUUGUAGUAUUACUUUUUAGCAGCUCUAAGGAGCAAACUCCACAUAUUGGCCUUGAAAAAUUUGAAAAACCGCCUUAAUAUAGAACUAUAGUCAGAACUUUGAAGUCAUAUAAACUAUUGUAUAAGUCAUCAUAUCAUAUAUGAUACAUAAAGCUAUGUAUAUUUAGUAUGUAGAUAAAAUAUAAGAAUUGAAGCAUAUAAAUGAAAACUUGAAAGAAUUAAAUAUUAUUCAUCGAAAGAAA